CUGUCAGUGCGGCGGGGAUCGCAGGCAACAGCAGCAGUCAUGUAAGAUGAGAGAUCCUGAGCCUCGUCACCAGGCGUGCGGCGUGAUCUGCAGCCAAUCAGAGAGGAGAAACUCGCCGCGGCUCAACCAAUCACCAUUCCUUCUAUCCCGAAGCGGCUGCGGCUCAACCAAUCGGCGCCCAUUCUACCGGCAGCAGCAGCUGGCGACGCGCUGUUAUGUAGCGAGAGCUCCUGUGUGUGUCUCCCUGAGCUGCUCCCUCACAGCCGGCAUCUGCCACCGGAGGACCCCGAGCUUCCCCGGUCAUGGAAACCUUCUGCAGCUCUGACGGCAGCGAGCGUCUCUGGGAUGCAAAUCUCACCUGGUACACAGAAAACCCAGAUUUCACCAAGUGCUUCCAGAAUACAGUCCUGGUAUGGAUUCCAUGCAUCUACCUCUGGCUCUGCUUCCCUUUCUAUAUUUUAUACCUCCAGCGCAAUGACCAGGGAUACAUACGAAUGUCACAUCUCAACAAGGCCAAAACUGCUAUAGGAUUCAUCUUAUGGCUGGUCUGCUGGGCAGAUCUCUUCUACUCCUUCUAUGAAAGGAGUCAAAGUAUUUAUCGUGCUCCAGUUUUUGUUGUGAGCCCCACUGUACUUGGUAUAACUAUGCUGCUAGCUACUUUUUUAAUUCAGUACGAGCGAAUAAAAGGAGUACAGUCUUCAGGUGUACUGUUGAAUUUCUGGAUCAUUGCUCUGCUCUGUGCCAUAAUAAUCUUCAGGUCCAAAGUUCUCCAUGCCUUAAAACCCGGUGCCAGUAUAGAUGUGUUCCGGGAUGUCACAUUCUACACAUACUUUCUGCUGGUGAUGGUGGAGCUAAUAUUGGCUGCCUUCCCUGACCAGCCUCCUCUCUUCUCCGAAAGAGUCAACAACCCCAAUCCUUGUCCAGAAUCAAGUGCUUCUUUUCUCUCUAAAAUAACGUUCUGGUGGAUUAGUAGGUUAAUGAUUCAGGGAUACAAGCGGCCUCUGGAAACGAAGGAUCUAUGGUCACUGAACAAAGAAGACACCUCUUCAGAAGUAGUGCCCAUGUUAUCAUUAAAUUGGGAGAAAGAAUACGCAAAGGCUAAAAAACAGCCCUUAAAAAUGGUGUAUUCUCCUAAAAAGCCGGCCAAACAGGAGACAGAAGAUGAACCCGGAGAGGAGGCUGAGGCCCUUAUUGUGAAGACACUCACAAAAGACUUGGAACCAUCAUUAUUCAAAGCUUUAUACAAAACUUUUGGUCCUUACUUUUUCAUGAGCAGUUUCUUCAAAUUCACUCAUGAUGUUUUGAUGUUUUCUGGACCAGAAAUAUUAAAGUUGCUUAUUAAGUUUGUAGGUGAUAAGGAUGCUCCAAACUGGCAUGGAUAUCUGUAUACUGCGCUGCUCUUCCUCUGCGCGUGUCUGCAAACACUCAUCUUGCACAAGUACUUUCACAUCUGCUUUGUUACUGGCAUGAGACUGAAAACUGCCAUCAUUGGUUUGGUCUAUAGAAAGUCUCUGGUGAUCAGUAAUGCUGCACGUCGCACCUCCACCAUUGGGGAAAUUGUAAACCUGAUGUCUGUAGAUGCACAAAGAUUCAUGGACUUGGCAACCUAUAUAAACAUGGUUUGGUCUGCGCCACUUCAGGUUAUAUUGGCUCUGUAUCUGUUGUGGCAGAACCUUGGUCCCUCUGUUUUAGCAGGGGUUGCUGUCAUGAUACUUCUGGUGCCUGUGAAUGCCGUGAUUGCAAUGAAGACAAAGAAAUAUCAGGUUGUCCAGAUGAAGUGCAAAGACAACAGGAUUAAACUAAUGAAUGAAAUAUUAAAUGGGAUGAAAGUGCUCAAGCUGUAUGCUUGGGAACUAGCCUUUAAGGAGAAAGUGUUGGGAAUCCGACAGGAUGAGCUGAAAGUACUGAAGAAGUCUGCCUACCUGUCCGCCGUAGGGACGUUCACCUGGGUCUGUGCACCUUUUCUGGUUGCUCUGUGCACUUUUGCUGUUUAUGUUCUAAUUGAUAAAAACAAUGUUUUAGAUGCAGAAAAAGCAUUUGUUUCCCUGGCAUUAUUUAAUAUCCUCCGAUUCCCAUUAAGCAUGCUACCUAUGGUCAUCAGCAGCAUGGUCCAGACAAGUGUGUCAUUGAAGCGCCUCAGAGUGUUUUUAUCAAACGAGGAACUUGAACCAGACAGCAUUAUUAGAGAGCCACAGAGAAGCGCCCAAGGUGGUAUUAACAUGAGCAAUGCCACUUUCUCCUGGUCAAGGACUGAUCCUCCCUUUUUGAAAGAGAUUAACCUUACUAUCCCCAAUGGCUCCUUGGUCGCAGUGGUUGGCCAAGUAGGCUGUGGAAAGUCUUCCUUGCUGUCAGCACUGUUGGGAGAAAUGGAAAAGAAAGACGGCUACAUAGUGGUGAAGGGUGGCAUAGCAUAUGUUCCUCAGCAAGCUUGGAUCCAGAAUGCCUCUCUUAAAGACAACGUCCUGUUUGGCAGAGAGCGGAAGGAUCCCCUGUACAAGAGAGUUCUGGAGGCCUGCGCGCUGCUUCCCGAUUUGGAGAUCUUGCCAUCUGGAGACAGAACCGAAAUUGGAGAAAAGGGUGUGAAUUUAUCUGGAGGUCAGAAGCAGAGAGUGAGCCUUGCUCGGGCUGUCUAUUGUAAUGCUGACAUCUAUUUGCUUGAUGACCCUUUGUCUGCUGUGGAUGCUCAUGUUGGAAAACACAUCUUUGACAAGGUCAUUGGGCCAAAGGGACUGCUUAAAGAUAAAACCCGUAUACUGGUAACUCAUGGAGUGAGUUACUUGCCACAAAUGGACUCCAUUAUUGUCAUGGUGGAUGGGAAAAUCACUGAAGUCGGUUCCUACCAGGAACUCCUAAAGCAGGAUGGUGCAUUUGCAGAAUUCCUACGAACGUAUGCCAACGCAGAGCAGAACAAUGGCCAAGUCCACACCGAAGUAGAAGAGGAAGAAGAUGUACCACAUCCAUCUGAGGAGAAACAUAUGGAAAAUGGAGUCCUGGUGAAUGAAAACAAAGAUCGAUUUCUACGUCGGCAGCUGAGUGCAUCCUCGGAGACACCGUCUGCACACAAGAGUAGCACUGCCGACCUCCAGAAAUCCGGGGCAGGGAACGACUGGAAGCUGACGGAAGCAGAUAAGGCCAAAACUGGCAGUGUUAAAUUGGCAGUGUUUUGGGAAUAUAUGAAAGCUACUGGACUCAUCCUCUCUUUUCUGAGUGUCAUCCUAUUUCUGUGCAAUCACGUGGCUUCCUUGUCCUCCAACUAUUGGCUCAGCCUGUGGACCGAUGAUGAAGUGGUCAAUGGCACACAGCAGAAUACAAAAUUGAGACUUGGUGUUUAUGGAGCUUUGGGGAUGUCACAAGGCAUUGCGGUCUUUGGUUAUUCCACUACUGUAUCUCUAGGGGGCAUCCUUGCUUCCCGUUACCUCCACAUGGAUUUACUUCAUAACGUCCUCCGAUUUCCCAUGAGUUUUUUCGAGCGGACACCCAGCGGAAACCUUGUGAAUCGUUUUUCAAAGGAGAUUGACACCAUCGAUUCUAUGAUUCCACAGAUCACGAAGAUGUUUAUGGGGUCACUAUUUAAUGUCAUUGGAGCAUGUAUCAUCAUUCUGAUAGCAACACCAAUUGUGGCUGUAAUUAUUCUUCCACUUGGCCUGCUUUACUUCUUUGUACAGAGAUUCUAUGUAGCAACCUCCCGACAACUGAAAAGGUUGGAGUCAGUCAGCCGAUCUCCGGUAUAUUCCCACUUCAAUGAGACCUUACUAGGGGCUAGUGUUAUUCGGGCAUUUGGGGAGCAGACCCAAUUCAUCCAGAUUAAUGACUUCCGAGUUGAUGAAAAUCAGAGAGCCUACUACCCCAGCAUUGUCUCUAACAGGUGGUUGGCCAUCAGAUUGGAGUUUGUUGGGAACUGUAUAGUCCUAUUUGCCGCACUGUUUGCAGUGAUUUCCAGGUAUACGCUCAGUCCGGGAUUGGUUGGACUCUCAGUUUCCUAUGCUUUACAGGUGACAACAUACCUGAACUGGCUGGUAAGGAUGUCUUCUGAACUGGAGACCAAUAUUGUGGCAGUGGAGCGAGUAAAGGAAUACUCAGAUCUGGAGCAGGAGGCUCCCUGGACUAUUGAGCAGACGGCACCAGAAAGCAACUGGCCACACGAAGGGAAAAUUGAGUUUCAAAAUUUCUGCUUGCGCUACCGUGAGGAUUUAGACAUGGCUUUGAAAAACAUUAAUGUUACUGUACAAGGCGGUGAAAAGAUUGGUAUUGUUGGCAGAACAGGAGCUGGAAAGUCGUCUCUUACCCUUGGACUAUUUCGUAUAAAUGAGGCUGCUGCAGGAGAAAUAAUCAUUGAUGGCCACAACAUAGCAAAAAUUGGUCUGCACGACCUCCGAUUUAAAAUUACUAUUAUUCCACAGGACCCAGUCUUGUUUUCUGGAUCACUUAGAAUGAACCUUGACCCUUUUGAAAAAUACACCGAUGAAGACAUAUGGACGGCUUUGGAGCUUGCUCAUCUUAAAAACUUUGUUUCGGGUCUUCCUGAUAAGCUCAACCAUGAGUGUGCUGAGGGUGGGGAAAAUCUCAGCAUUGGUCAACGUCAGCUGGUUUGCCUGGCAAGAGCCCUUCUGCGUAAAACAAAGAUACUGGUGCUAGAUGAAGCUACAGCAGCUGUUGAUCUAGAGACCGAUGGUCUCAUUCAGUCGACCAUCAGAAAAGAAUUUGAAGAUUGUACUGUAAUAACGAUCGCUCACCGACUCAAUACGAUCAUGGAUUACACAAGGGUGAUGGUUCUGGAUAAAGGACAAAUUGUGGAGUUUGAUUCUCCCAGUAGCCUCCUUCAGAAGAAAGGCGUUUUCUACAGCAUGGCCAAAGAUUCUGGAUUAGUGUGAUUGCGUGUUGUAUUAUACUGUUGCGUUUCUUUCUUAAAGGAUCACUCCUGAAAAGAUUGCCUAUUGACUAGGUGUUAUGCUGGACUGUUAAUGAACUACUGUUUCCACCGGACAUAUGCAAAGAUGACUGACGCGGAAUGCAUUUUCUAUUCUUUCUAAUUUAUAUUUUUCUUCUCUUUGACUGGAAUUUUCUCUUCCAAUAGUCCAUUAGUAAUGAAAACCCCAGAUACUCCAUAAACGCCUAGUUUGGGGGCUAUACAUUUUGCAAGUUGAGUCAUGGCAUGCAGUAGUAGGGGUAGGGGCUCAUUCUGGCUUGAAUUGUUAAGUUAAAAAAAAAAAGUGAGAUGUGUUUGAUUGUGUCAACUAUUUUUGUGGCUGGAAUGUAGCUUCAUUAGCUAAGCCUCUUCCUAGCCAAUCUGGCCAUACAAUCCAUUCCAAACUGGAUACGUUUUGUUUUAUGUAGAGACUGAAGGCGUAAAUAAUGGGAAAUCUCAUGAUCUAAGGCUUUUUGGGUGAAAUUUAGGAAGCAUUCUUUAUGCUUUAGAAUAUUUUUAACAUGUAAAGGGAUGACCAUAUAAAUAGUCUGUUUUGUAUUGUCAUUGUAUAUCUGUACAAAAACUGCGGUUCGGUAUGAAGUUUUUAGUAUCCUAAUGUUUUUGGUGGAAUUAUAGAAGAGAAAAUAGACUUGUUUUCUCCAAACCUGAUCGCUCCAAAACAUUUCUUUGUUGGUAGGCCAGGCCGUAAAAGUGAAUGCUCUUAGACUUCACACACAGACAAAUGCACAUCUGCGAGAUCUGUUAAUGCAAACGACAAACCUUUGCACACUUGUGGUGGUAGCAUGAUACACUUGUUGAAUUUCCAGUGUCUCAUGCAGUUAUUUCUUGGGCAUUACAUUUAUUCCAUUCGAAUUCUGCAGUGCCGUACACCCAAAGUCUCAGGAAAAUACAUUUUUGCUAAAAAGAAUACUGUGUACAACUUAGUUUUCACCUUUAUUUAUUUACCACAUAACUAUAAAAUCUGUAUAUUCUGAAGGUAGCAAAUAAUAUUUUUGUUGAUAUCUGGAAGAAUCGCUAGGAUUUUCUACUUGGAAUUCUAAAAGGUCAAUAUUUUCGGUGGUCAUACUCUCAGGCCCAUUAGAAAAGUCCUCUUAUUUUGGCUGUACAUUUUUACAUUAAAGUGUACCAGUUGUCAAAGCACAGUGGUGGCAGACCUUUUUCUUAGGAUGCAUUCUGUUGAAUAUUAAGUCAUACUAUCAAUUCAUAAAGGAACAGUGACCUAGUGCCUCAUGUCUCUGUGACUAUGCUCCUGGUAAGUCCAGCAAACUCGCACAUUUUGGUUAGUUUCCCCCAGAUUCACGAGACCGUAGGCCAGAGAGAUGUGGAUAGACGGCAUGUUUGAUGAAGCAAUUGGAGGAGAAUUGCAUUCAUUUUGUCCCUGCCGUAUGCACUUAAUAAGAUUAUUACCCCUCACACCUUCUGCCUCUGCCUUCACCCUCCAGCAUCUCCCGGGGGACCCAUUUCAAUAGUCAGCAAGUAUUUGCAAUGUCACUAGUGCCUAGCCAAUUCAUAGGCUGCCUUCUUCAUGAUAUUGUUUCAGUCCACAAAAUAGCUGCCACCACAGUGCGUGUGCUAAGUGUGCACUGUAUAUAUCAGCUCUGUACAUUUCUGCUCCUUUUUGUAAUACAGCAAAUCGCUUCCGUCUGUUUCCCUGCAUCCACUGUUAGCCUCUUCGAAAACCUAAACCUAUGUUGUGUGUUUAACUUAUAUUCUAAUUUAAACCAUUUGAACUUGUUUGUCCUGGUACAGCUGCAUAUUUAAGUUAUUCUCUAUUUAGUCAUUGUAAUCCACUGGUGAUCCUUGUGCCAUGCUGAAUUUCUGAUUGUUACCAAUAUCUGGGUGAAAAUGAACCAACCUAUAAAUGUCUUGCAUCUGACCCACUAAGCAAUAUUCUAUCCAUCGUAUAAUGGUGUGGGUUAUUUUCUAGGAUGCGGACACUCAGAGGCUUUUCCUUUUUGCUACCAAGUAGCAUUGCACUUUUACUGGUAUAAUAAUAAUAAAGAAAUAUAUAUAUAUAUUUACACAUCUAUAUAAAAGUUUUUCAAGACACCAGCAUACUCUAAUAGUCCAUUGUACUUAUAGAUGACUCUUUAUUGGUUCACUAAUUGGUGGAAACAUUAAAGCUGGUUUCUUAGAAUAAUAAAAGGGAAUUUGUUGAAACGCCACUACAACAGCACCUGAGUGUACCCAUUGCUUAUACAUGGUAGAGGCAGCCAUUGUGUGCCAAAUUGCCAAUAUUCAUGGGCAUGCAGCCUGUCCAUCACUAGGAAGUGGAAACAUCACUUGAGCUCAUCAUGGCUCAGUCAUGAUGAAUUGAAAGCUUAUCUGCUUUUGAAUAUUUUUUCUGUCCACGAAUGUGGCUGCCUACUAUUAGCAGGCCCUAGGUAGACAAGACUGCAUGUAGAUAUGUCUCCAGAAUUUACAUGGUAUUAAGUGCACCAAUUGAAAAGAAACACAGGCUUGCUCAGUGGCAUAUAAUCUAUUCUUCAAAAAGGGGCAAGGCAUGGCGUAAAUGUAUUUCAACACAAACUGAAAUCACAGGAAUAUAAAUCCUCAAUAGUGCUGUCAAUUCUAUAUUCUAACCAAUAUUGUUUGAGUGUUCUAGUUACAUGCUGGUUUCGUAUAUGGUACUGUGAGGGUCAGUUUUGGAGCUGAACAUUACAGAUCUGUAACCAGGAACUCCUUGCUCCAGUGGUUACAGAACUGGUGGGGACAGAAUUCUUUUCUGAGGAACUUUAACUUUCCUAAAAAAACAAAAGGAAAGCUACAAUAGCAUGUAAGCAGAUCUAGAACUCUGUUAUAUAUUCUUGUUUAAUCAUUUAUACAAACAUCACAGCAUUUCACAGAUCAUUCAUUCUGGUGCUUUUUUUGACCAGCUCCAAUUAUGUGCAGUAUCCUAAUUAAUAUAAAUGAUUUAUCGGUCUUAUUGAUCUCCUCUUACUUUGUCACAACUUGAAAUGCCUUGAGGCCUUUUAUUUGACGGAGAACAAUAAGAGCACUCAUUCUGGACAACUCAAACAUUGGCACUGUCUGGAGUUGUUUUCCAUACACUUGUGGGAGCUUUACUGCCUACAAAAGCAAUGCUUAAUAAUCUACUGCUUUAAUGAUAAAAACAGCCUAACGGUGCUAUGUAGCUCUUAUAUCUCCUUAGCAGGAACUUAAAUGAAUGUUUAUUGCGUCUGCUCAGUAAUGCAGUUUCAUACAAGUCGCAACACUCCAGUUGUAGCUGGACUACAGUUGUUAUCAUUCACAAUCAUCCAGAGGUUGAAGAAAGUAGUUUAAACCAGCUUCUAAGGGGUUUAAACAUGCAAUGGGAAAAUCUAUAACAACACACUAUUGCUGAGUAGAUCAAACCAGGCCAGUGGUUUUCAGGUGUGGCUGAACUGGUAUAUUUUAAGUUUGGACAUGAAAAUGGCAUAUAUUACCUCGGUUAGAGAAAUAUCUUUUCUUAGAUUACAACUAUUUAUUUUUUGGUAAGUUAUAAUCUUUAGUUUUACAGAAUGCUACUUUCUUUUGAACAAAAAAAUCAUUUUUUUGUAACGAAGAUUUGUAAAGCACUUAAUAUUGGGGGGAAAACAUUGUUCUGCUUGUCUUUAUAUGUGUAUUCUUAAAAUAAAAAUGUGUUUUGUUGUAAGAACAUGCAGUGAAUUUGCUUGGAAAAAUAUAUGUACUUUUCUGAUAUAGAA